UCCAUUCCUCUGACCUUGUCUUUCUUUUCUGCCAUUCUGCGCGUAGGAGAGAAGAACUUUCACAACGUUCCAACUUUUCUUCAUCUCCUACGCCUCAGAAUCUUCAUUGCCAUUUGCAGUACAAAGCUUGUUAUAUAAAGCAUUUAGCUGAUUCUGCACCAGGUACAGCCAGCAGCUAGAUUACCAUUUAUCAGAUCACUUGUCCGUAGAAAAACCUAUAGACAAAAAUGUUUGGUUUUAUGAAAAGCAAGCCGGCUUCUACAAGUACUAGCCCUCUUCAUUAUGAUGCUGCCGGACAGGAUAAGAAUGCAACCAUGACACCUGCAAGAAGAACUUCUUCUGAACCAGUGCUUAUUACAUCAGAUAUGGAUGAUGAUGAUGAUGAUUAUUUUGGAAGAGGUACAGCCACUAGGAAUAAGAAUAGAAAUAAAAAUAGUCCUGCUGACAAGAAAGAACUGGACAACAUGUCUGUUCAACAAUUAGAGGAUUAUGCGGUGGACCAAGCUCGGCAGACCACAAAUUCUGUGAACAAUUGCCUCAAAAUUGCGGAGGACAUGAAACAGGAUGCUACUCGUACUCUUGAAACCUUGCACGCGCAGGGCGAGCAAAUUACCCGGACUCAUAUGAUGGCUGCAGAUUUAGACCGUGAUUUGAGCAAGGGUGAAAAAUUGUUGAACAAUCUCGGGGGCAUGUUCUCGAUGCCCUGGAAGCCCAAAAAGACCAGGGAGAUCACAGGGCCGAUGAUAACACAAGAUAAUAAUUCGAAAGCAAAGAAAGCUAGUGCAGAGCAAAGAGAGAAGCUAGGAUUAGCUCCCAUUCCCAAAGGAAAGCAAACCUCUCGUACACCUCCUCCUGAACCAACGAAUGCCUUGCAGAACGUUGAGCUGGAGAAGGCAAAGCAAGAUGAUGCCCUUGGCGAUCUGAGCAAUAUACUGGGUGAUCUCAAGGGCAUGGCUCUUGAAAUGGGAUCCGAGCUUGAUACGCAAAACAAAGCUAUGGAUCAUCUGUCAGUUGAGGUGGAUGAAUUAAACUCAAGGGUGAAAGGUGCCAAUCAGCGUGCCCGCAAGUUACUUGCGAAGUGAGAGACGAUAUUGCAGGACAGCAGCUUUCUCCAACGCCAUUUUUUUCAUUCUUGAUUUGCAUAGUUUCUUGGUUCAACAACUUGUGUCCAUUUUAGCGUCUUGUAAAAUCUAUUCUUUUUUAGUGAUCAAGGAAAUAAAGUUUCCGAAAUGCAAUUUUGCAUCUC